AUGGCGAAUUUUGUCAAAGCUGAAACUGCAUUGAAUCGUGCAGAAGGGUCGAUAAACGUUGGUCAAAAGGAAGAAGCCUUUAAAGGACUUCACGAUUUAAUCGCCAGCAGGAAGUUUAAAUCAUGGCAGAACUCACUGGAAAAACUCAUGUUCUUGUAUGUAGAGCUCUGUGUUGAUUUGGGCAGAGGAUGGUGCGCGAAGGAUGGGUUGAAGUUUUUGUUUGAGGCUUACGAAACAGUGUUGGAGAUUCUGAAGAACAACUCUAGGUUAGAGGGGAUUUACGCAGCGACAGCUCGCAGCGCCUUUCAGUUCUGUAGACAGCACAAUCAGGCUACAGAGUUUAGAAGGUUGUGUGAAACUAUUCGGAGUCAUCUUGCGAUUUUUGUCAAGUACAGUGAGGAACAGAAGGAUAACCGUCAUUGGCCUGAUUUAUCUGUUCCUGAAACCUUGCAAUUUUAUCUUGAUACCCGAUUCGAGCAGUUGAAUGUUGCAACAGAGUUGCACCUAUGGGAGGAAGCUUUUCGCUCUGUUGAAGAUAUUCAUGGAUUAAUGUCCAUGGUGGGAAAAACUCCGAAAGCUUCAUUGAUGGUGCUUGCACUAUCAGUUCCUCCUUAUGGUCAUCAUUCACAUUGUGAGAAAGAGAAGAAUCUAAAGAUGGCCAGUAUUAUUAGAUUUGAUGUGGAACAAAAAUCUGACAGCCAGGAAUUGCUUUCUCGCGGGGGACUUUUCGCAGAACUGGAAUCGAAGGGGGUCAUAUCAUGUGUCACUCAUGAAGUAAAGGAUCUAUACCAUCUGCUGGAAGAUGAUGAGUUUGUUCCUUUGGAUUUGGCAGCAAAAAGGAAGCAUCAAAAUUUCCUCGAGGAAAAAGAAGAUAGGAAGAAAGAAGAGACUCAACUUUUGCAGAAGAAACUCGAGGAGAGACAAGAAGAGGAGAAAAAUUUACAGAAACUCUUUAAAACAGAAGAUCAUUUGGAGAGAGCCAAAAGGGAAGAGUUUCGAGCUGCCUUUGAACAGCGAAUACUGGUCGAGGCUACUAGUCAUGAACGCGAGCAACAGCAAGAGAUUGAGCUGAGCAGACAACGCCACGCCGGUGAUCUUGAGGAGAAGAGCAGGCUUGUGCGCAUGUUAGAGAACAGGAACAGAUACCAGGAAAGAGUCGUUGGACACAGAGAAGCCGAAUUCAACCGGAUGAGAAAUGAGAGGCAAGAUGAAUUGAACCGACUCAUUCAAGCACCGAAAAAGUUUUUGAGUUAUAUAUAG